AUGUUAUUUUAUUUAUUUUAUUCCUUACUUCUCUCUUUCUUUCUUUCUUUUUCAAGCUUUUCUUUCUUCUCUUUUCCCCUUUAUGCCGUCUCGGCUUCUUUUCUUUCGUUGACUUUUUGCAGCCUUCCUUUCCUUUUUCACCGACUUCUGCUCCUUUUUCUUUCUUUAUAUUUUUUUCCUCCUAUUUUUUCUUCUUUCUUUCUUUGGUUGUUAUUAUUAUUAUUAUUGUUUCGUCCAUUCAAUUUUCUUUCUUUUUCUUUAACUCUUUCUAAUUUCUCUCUUUUCUUCUUCUUUCGUUUCUUUGGAUUUUCUUAUUUAUUCUAUUUUAUGUUUUUUCUUUCUUUUUUUUUCUAUCUUUUCAAUCAUUCUUCUUUCUUUUCUUAUAAUUCUCUUCAAUUUUUUUCCUUUUUCUUUAUUUUCCUUUAUCUUCUCUUUCUUUCUUUUUUCUCAUUCUUUUUUCUUUCUUCAGACUUUCCUUCACAUUUCUUCGAUUUUCUCCAUAUAUCGUUUUUCCUACUUUGCACCAUCUUUUCUGUUUCUUUUCUAAUUUCUCUUUUUUUAAUAUUUAUUUUCCUUCUCUCUUCUUUAUUAUCUGUUACCUUUUCAUCUUUAUUCUUUUCUUUUCCCAAGAGAUUUCUUCUUCUUCUUCAUCUUUUAUUUCUUCUGAUCUCUCACUGUCUUUUUUUUAAUUUAUUAAUUGUUACGUUUCUUUCUUUUCUUUUUUCCUAA